AAUUGAAAUCAACUUGAACAAAAAUAGCGCAGAAACAAACCUAGCAAAGGCUACCAACGGACAGCAGAGAAAAUUUGCGGCAGUGACAGAGAGACUCCAAUGGGUAGCGGCAAGGAGAAGAAGGAGAAGAAAGCAUUGCACUUAGGACCCAAUAAAGUCAAGAGAAAGAAGCAAAAUUUGAAGAAAACGAAAAUCAAUAGCAAAUCUAAUGAAAAUGCAAAAACCAAAACCAAAAGCAAAAUUAAAAACAGCGAAAACAGUAUGGUUAGUUUCCCAACAGCAGCAGAACAGCUGAAGUAUUUCCAUGAGCAGUAUCAGUCAGCUAAUAGGGUUCAGCUUUCUUCCCUCGAGCUCGAAUCCUUUACAGAGACAUGCAUGCUUGAGCUCAAUCCUGAUCAAGCUCAAAGUAGUAGUCCAUUGGCUGAUCAUAUGAAGGUUGCUUUUGGACCAUCAUGGAAAGGAAGUCUGUGUGAAAAGGAGCUUGAUGGGAAAAUUGAUCCAGGGCAUCCUUCACUUCUGGUCAUUAGCUUAUCUGCCUUGCGUUCGCUGGAUCUUCUCAGAGAAUUGCGGCCUUUGACAAGUGAAUGCCGUGCUGCAAAGCUUUUCUCUAAGCAUAUGAAGGUUGAGGAGCAGGCUUCUUCUCUCAAGAAUCGUGUUAAUAUUGCAAGUGGGACGCCAAGCAGAAUUAAGAAGUUGAUAGACAUGGAGGUGCUUGGCCUAUCUCGAUUAGCGGUGAUUGUGCUGGAUAUGAAAGCUGACGCGAAGGGCUAUUCACUGUUGACACUGCCUCAAGUCAGAGAUGAGUUCUGGGACUUGUAUAGGAACUACUUUCACCAACGAGUACUGGAAGGUGCAUUGCGGAUAUGUCUUUAUGGUGAAAUACCAGCUAAUAUUAAGAGAAAGAAGAGCAUCGAGGAUGAGUAGCCUCUUCGGUACUGAUACGAGCAUUCUAUACUAUAGUCAUCCAGCCUGUUUUGACAUUUUUGUAUCACAAAUUUGUAGUAGAGAAUAUACAUAAGCAGCAUCUAUUUAAGAAUAUAUGUGGGCUCUGUUGUUUAGCUAUCAACCAGGCAAAAUGGAUUCAUGAAUUCAUGUAGGUCUCUUUUCGAGAGAUAAUACAAUGGGAAGUUCAUUUUUUUGUGAGUUCUUUCUGUGUAAGGAUUCAAGUAUAUACAGUUGAGUGAGUCGAAAAGCAUCUCUAAAUUUGCUCUUC